AUGACCGCUCCAACAUCAUCACCAGUAGAGAGCGUCUCGGCCGAACUCGAGAAAAAAACCCCCAAUGUUCAGUCUACGACAGGCGAUGGAGCACUGCAGUUACUGGAAGCUGGUUCGCCGAGCAUUCUCGAUCCCGCAGCAUCUAGACGACUGUUGCGCAAGAUCGAUUUGUAUAUCAUGCCAUUGAUCUGCAUCGUAUACUUCCUACAGUAUCUCGACAAGAUCGCCAUCAGCUAUGCCAGCGUCACGGGGAUGCGCGAGUCAGCGAACCUCCAGGGCAACCAAUUCAACUGGGUGUCGAGUAUCUUCUUUUUCGGCCAGCUGGCAUUCGCCUUCCCCACAAUGCGCGUGAUGCAAUCAUUUCCCCUGGCAAAAUACGUCGCCGUCAACGUGACUAUCUGGGGCACCAUCUUGGCCUGCAUGGCCACAUGCAAGUCAUUCGCCUCCCUGAUGGUCUGUCGCACACUUCUGGGCGCCGCAGAAGCUUCUAUCGUGCCUGCUUGGGUAGUCUUCACCUCGCAGUGGUACCGGAAGGAUGAACAGGCUUUCCGCGUCGGUCUGUGGUUCUCCAUGUGUGGAUUCGCGCAGAUGUUCGGCGGCUACGUCGCAUACGGCGUAGCAACUCACAUCGGCGGGGAUCCUAGCGCCUCUCUGCGAGGUUGGCAGGUGAUUUUCCUGAUCCUGGGCCUGCUGACCGUGGUGACCGGCGUCCUCUUCUUCUUCCUCCUGCCUGAUUCCCCUCUAACGGCGGGAUUUUUGUCACCGGAAGAAAAGGCCAUGCACGCGGAACGUCUUCGGGGUAACGGACAGGGCAUCGGAAGCAAUGUCUUUAAAAAAGCCCAGGUUUACGAAGCCCUUACCGACCCGCACACCUGGCUCUAUGCCUUCUGGGUCCUGGCGGCAAAUGUGCCAAACUCCACUGCCACGAGUUUUGGAAACAUCAUGGUAACGGGAAUGGGCUACACGAAAAAGGAAAGUCUUCUUCUUGUGACGCCCAUGGGUGCUUAUGAGGUGGUGGCGCUGAUUGGCCUGACCUAUCUCGCAAUGAAGACACAGCGACGAUUGUUCUGGUGCAUCAUGGGCCAUAUCCUGGCAGUUGUGGGAGCAAUUUUAAUGGCGACAACGGACAAGGUGCCGGCCCUUAUUGGAUACUACCUCACCGGAGGUAUUCCACUCGGGUGGACGACAAUUCUUGGGCUCACCAGUACCAAUGUGGCUGGCUCAACCAAGAAGAUCACCGUGUCCUGUAUCCAGACGAUUGCUUACACUGUCGGUAACAUCAUUUCGCCACAGACCUUCCAGGCCAAAGAUGCCCCGGGGUAUUUGCCGGCCAAGAUCUCUAUCUGCAUCUUGUAUUUCAUCGUCACGCUAGAUCUCUGCCUUAUCUGGUGGAUCUCGCAACGGGAGAAUCGCCGACGUGACCAGCAGAAGGAGGCAUUGGGUGAUGCGUACGUCGUUCAAGAGAAUCACGAAUUUUUGGACCUGACAGACCGGGAGAAUCCGGAAUUUCGUUAUGCGAUAUGA